AUGCGACACUUUGUAGUGGCCUCGACCAUUGCACUGGCAAUGCCAAUCACAUCCAGUCCCAUAGAGUGGUCCGAAGCUCUCACCAUCGCUCGCGACUUUGUCUCUAACCUGACCCUCUCUGAGAAGAUUGGAAUCGUAUCUGGUGGAUAUCUCUCCCCUGCACCCGCCUGCGUGGGUGCCAUUGGGGCCAUACCUCGCGUUGGUUUUGAGGGUAUAUGCCUCUCAGAUGGCCCGACUGGUUACUCCCGGUCAGAUGGUGUCAGCGUGUUUCCUGCAGGUAUCACGAUUGCGGCAACCUGGGAUAGAGAUCUUAUGCAUCAGCGUGCCGUGGCCCUCGGGGAAGAAUUCAAGGCCAAAGGGGCUCACGUCCUUCUUGGACCUUCCACGGGGCCGUUGGGACGGAGUGCUCGUGCAGGUCGCAACUGGGAAAGCUUCGGCCCAGACCCGUACUUGGCGGGGGAAGCAAUGAGUGCUACUGUGUCAGGCAUUCAGUCGACAGGUGUUCAAGCGUGUUCUAAGCACCUGGUCGGCAAUGAACAGGAAACUCAGCGGACAUCCUCGAAAGUUUCGAAUGGGACGGUCGAGGCCGUUUCCUCCAACAUUGACGACCGAACCCUGCAUGAGCUCUACCUCUGGCCGUUUGCCAACGCCAUCAGGGCCAACACGUCGAGCAUCAUGUGCAGCUACAACCGGUUUAACGGAAACUACUCAUGUGCGAACUCGGCGCUCCUGACCGACAUCAUCGCAAAGGAGUUAGCAUUCACUGGUUACCUCGUGUCGGACUGGUACGCGACUCACUCAACGGCCGAGUCUGCCAACGCGGGCCUCGAUUUGGAGAUGCCGGGAAACGUGAGUGCGGCAGCAGGGUUCGCCUACUUCGGCGAACCUCUUCUCCAGGCGGUCAAUAAUGGCCUGGUGUCCGAGACCCGACUCGACGAGAUGGCGCAGAAGGUCUUAACCCCAUAUUUCCGACUUGGCCAGGACAAGGACUACCCGUCCGUCGACCCAUCCAGCGGUGCCGUCUUCUUGACAUAUCAAUACGGCCAGAAUUCUCCCUUAUUCAGCUACUACCCCAAGGUGCCCGCUCGUGACGUGCGCGCUGGUCAUGAGGAGAUCAUCCGUCAGGUUGGCGCUGCAGGCACCGUACUUCUCAAGAACACCAAUGGCAUCCUACCCCUUAAGAACAUAACAAACGUUGGCAUCUUCGGAAAUGGUGCUGGGGACCCGGUCAUUGGCUCGGCCAACUUCAUUGACAAGAGACCCAAUGGAUUCGAGUACGGCACCUAUGAUAUAGGUGGUGGCUCAGGAACCGUACGCCACACCGAUCUCGUAACCCCACUCGCGGCAGUACGAGAAAAGGUCAGAUCGUUAGGGGGACGGCUCCAAAUCCUGCUCGACAAUGAUGAAGUGGCCGAGGGAUCAUUCAAGAUGCUGUACCCCGUGCCUGACGUCUGCCUCCUUUUCCUCAAAGCAUAUGCAGCAGAAGGAAGGGACAGAGAGUCCCUCAAUCUCCAGUAUAAUGCGACUAUGGCGGUGGAGAAGACGGCAAGCGUUUGUCCAAACACGGUCGUUGUAGUUCACGGUCCUGGGGUUGUUUUGAUGCCGUGGGCCGACAAUGAGAAUGUGACCGCCAUUCUACAUGCCCACUAUCCCGGAGACCAGUCAGGAAAUGCCCUUGUCGACAUUUUGUGGGGGGCAACCGAGCCAACAGGACGUCUACCCUAUUCUAUUCCCAAGACACUUGCCGAUUACGGUGCAGACAUCGUAGAGAGCCCCAAGUACUCGGGCUCCAACGGAUGGCAUUCCGACUUCUCCGAGGGUCAACUAAUCGACUACCGGCACAUGGAUGCCCACAAUAUCACUCCCCAGUACGAAUUCGGAUUCGGUCUGUCCUACGCUAUGUUCGCCAUGGGGAGAAGCCUGGAGGUUGAGGCGAAGACGAAUCUCUCCGCGCUACCUGACGUAUCUUUGGGCACCGCACCGGGUGGUUACGUCGACCUGUGGACGUAUGUCGCAACAGUCUCCGUCGAGGUGACCAACCAGAGUGGCAAGCAAGGUUCGACGGUGCCGCAGCUCUAUGUCUCAUUUCCCACAGACACUACGCCUACAGGAACGCCUGUAAAAGUGCUGAGGGGUUUCAGCAAGAUAUCCGUGAACAGCGGCGAGACUCAGACAGUAAGCUUUCAGCUCAUGAGACGGGAUAUCAGUUACUGGGAUGUGACCACCAAGCAGUGGAUUAUACCUGCAGGAACCUUCAACAUUUUGGCCGGCUUUAGCUCGAGGGACAUUAAAGCCACGACCACAAUCUCAUUUGUUUGA